UUCCCGCGGGCACGGGCGCCCAGCGCGGCCGGAGCGGGCGCAGGGAGGUGUGCGGCCGGGCCGGCGCGCUGGGGUCCGCGCCGCCCGCAGCCUGCGUGGCCGCCGGGGGCGGGGGUGGCCGUGCCCUUUCCCGGACGGUAAGGGGUGACACAGCCCGCGCUCGGGACUGCAGCCCCACCCUGUGUCCACGUCCCAGGCUGCCGGCCACCGCCGCCGUCGCUAGGGCUGAGGCUGGCGGGGCACCGGCCGGGAGCUUCCUUGAAGCACGUGCUGUCUGCACCCUCGCUGGGUGCGCGUUAACUUGCGUCCUUCCCCUGCCCCCUUUCACCCCCGAACAAGGCCUCCUCCCUCAUUAAAGUGUGAAAGAAAAAUCCUCACUUUAGACCAAGCUGUUCUUGCAAACUGCGUUAAAGACGAGUAUCUUUGACCCCAGAGGGGGUCCGAGCACUGUGGGCGGGGCCAGGAUGUGGAGGGUCUCAGCCUGCAGCCUCUGGGGGCUCCGAGGCGGGUUUUUCUCUCUGGAAGUGUCGCGUUAAGAUUUAACCCAGAACGUCCGUGCUCCGGCAGGCAAGGUUCCGUUUUUGCCCUCCCCAAGGCCAGCGGCCCCCAGCUGUGAUGGGGAGGUUUUCCUGGGAGAACCGGCUUGCGUCUCUCCCUGGGCAAGGCCUUGGGUUGGGAGAACAUUCCAGGCGUUGCUGGGAGCAGAGCUUGGGUGCCGUUCUUGUAGGUGUGCUGGUGCUGUGCACGUGGUGGAACCAACACACCGGCGACCCCGGCGGCCUCGCACCCUGGGCCCCACGCAUCACCUCUCGGUGGUCUCGGGUGUGCACGCCUUCAGCAGGCCUUGGGGGAAGAUGGCAGCCCUGGGGGACAGUCAAGAGCCCCCUCACGUCCUGUCCCCUGUCAGUCUCGAGUCACCAGGGACUCCUGGAGCCCACCGCCACCAAGAGGCCCAGCGUCACCUCCACGGCCAUCAGCAUGGCUUCCCCGGCUGCAGCCCUGAGGUGCUCUCCCAGCCGCCACGGGAGGAGGAGCUGUCAGACCCGGCUCUCCAGGACGUGGAGGAGGUCCAGAUCGGCCGAGAUGCCUGCUGGCCAGAUUCGGGGUCGGAGCCUGAGCAGGCCGCGACGUCUCCCCAUCCGCACAGUCCUGGAGACGGGGGGGGCCAGGACCAUGACGGGGGGGUGCUGAGGGCCCUUCUGAGGAGCCUUCCCCGUAGACCCAAGUGUGGGGACAGCUUCGGGCAGGAGUGCAGCCUGGAGCGGCCGGCAGGCCAGCCACCGGGAGCCGUGCCCCGCACCCAGAAAAGAGACACCUGGCGUGGGCCGCAGGGAGCCUCCGAGCCGGAGGGCAGCCCGGGGUGCGCCGCUGAGCGGGCGGGCAGCCUCGGCCGGGGCUCGGGCCUCAGGGCCCGGCAGGGCAGCAAGCCGCACAGGUGCGAGGCCUGCGGCAAGAGCUUCAAGUACAACUCGCUGCUGCUGAAGCACCAGCGCAUCCACACGGGCGAGAAGCCCUACGCCUGUCACGAGUGCGGCAAGCGCUUCCGCGGCUGGUCAGGCUUCAUCCAGCACCACCGCAUCCACACGGGCGAGAAGCCCUAUGAGUGCGGCCAGUGCGGCCGCGCCUUCAGCCACAGCUCGCACUUCACGCAGCACCUGCGCAUCCACAACGGCGAGAAGCCCUACGAGUGCGGGGAGUGCGGCCAGGCCUUCAGCCAGAGCUCCAACCUGGUGCGGCACCAGCGACUGCACACGGGCGAGAAGCCGUACGCCUGCAGCCAGUGCGGCAAGGCCUUCAUCUGGAGCUCGGUGCUCAUCGAGCACCAGCGCAUCCACACGGGCGAGAAGCCCUACGAGUGCCCCGACUGCGGCAAGGCCUUCCGCGGCCGCUCGCACUUUUUCCGACACCUGCGGACCCACACGGGCGAGAAGCCCUUCACCUGCGGCGCCUGUGGCAAGGCCUUCGGCCAGAGUUCGCAGCUCAUCCAGCACCAGAGGGUCCACUACCGGGAGUAGCAGGCGUAGCGGACGCGGUCAGCAGCCUGGGGUCGGGGUGGAGUUCUGCAGAGGGCGCCCGCCUUCACGCCUUCCUGCUGGUACAACCGGCAUCACGUGCUGUUUCCCAAAUAAAUUCUUUGUACUUGAA